AAGUUAUUUCGAGGAAAAUGAAUUCUCGUAUUUUUCGAAAAGACUUGACCUUGGUGCGUUUUGGUGAUGGUUUUGAUAGAUUGGGAGACUAUUCAAGUAGCCGGGGGGAGUGGGUAGCCCUUGGAAGCUUUGGGAAUAAAAUACUUCAUGUAUGGUGAUGUUUAACAAAAUGGAAGUUCAGGUAUCUGGUUGUGUGUUUUCAUCGUUAUUUCUAGAGCUUGCAAAUAGCCAAGGAGACGUAGAAGGAUUUUUAUUGGGCAAAAUCGACGAUCGUACAACAAGAACUGUCAGUGACUCACAAGACGUUAAUGUAGUGCAUACCCGAAUCCUCGCUGUGCAAGAAACAAUUGUAUGUCCUGGACUUUUUAGUUUUUAUGAUGGCGUCGGCCAUAUUCACAUGGAGAAGCUUGAUCGUAUACUUGGCUCAAACAAGCAGGAAGUACUAGGUUGGUUUAAGUUUCGAAGAAGUACAAGACUUGGGGUUUCCAUGAGAGAACGGGCGAUCCACAAUAGUCUCCUGGAGCAAUUAAGCAUUACAGAUUCAAGAAGAUUUAUGUUUUCUGUGUUCACAUCCCAUGUUUUUGGCAACAGGGCAACUCAUCCGUUUCGAUAUUCGGCACAUUUUUUAGCAAAACACAAAACUAGAAUGUUUCAUCGAUUUCCUAUCAAAAUUAUAAAUCUUGGAAACACAGCACAAACAGAAUAUAAAUUUGAUGUUGCUGCAACAACUUCUACAUCAAAACAAUAUAGGAAUGUUGUUGGCUCUUACAGUGAUGAAUUUCUUGAUAAUGUUGGCCAGCUACAGCAAGUGAAGCAUGCUCGAUCAAUGUAUAAGAACAUGUUGAUGAAAUUAAAGGGUUUAAAAGAAGCUGUACAUAAAAGCGAAACAAAGUUAACUGAUCUUUCAGAAAGUGUAAACAUGUUGAGACAUGAACUAGAAAUGGCAAUGAGGGAAAAGAGAUUAAAGCCUGAAGUUCCUGAGGUUAACCUAAUUGAAUUGGAUAAGAAUGGCGAGGAAGACUUGAUAUCCUUUGACGAUCUCGACCAAAAACAGUCAAACAAACCAAAUAAACACGAGCAUGUUGUUGUAGCAAAGCAUGUUGGUUCAUUUCCGACUUCACAAACAGACUCCAAUUUGAGAACACAGAGUCCAGGUUCUUCAAGGUCUUAUCCUCAUAGACCAAAAUCAACACAAUAUUAAAAUCGAAUUGUUGUGUUAUUUAGUGCAGUUGUAAAAAGUCAACCUUUUGCAACUUUCUUUAAAGUUGAUCAAGAAGCAUUCUUGACCAAAGAAAUUGUUUCUGAUGGGCUGUGUUAGAAAAUUUGUAAACUAUAAUAUUCUUGUAUUUGUGUUCCUUUUCUUAGUAUUUGAUGUAAUCUAUGUAUUUCAAAAUAAUUUAGGAUCUUCAUGAAAUGCUAGGAACUUCAUCGUGUAAGGCAUGUAACCUAAAAGAAAAUAUUUUGUCUUCAUAUCAGGUAUGGAAUGUUAUUUUCAUUAAAUGAUGACAACAUCUCCAAAACAUACCUAAACAUCUUGCUCUUCGAAUGGCUUUCUUUAUUUCAUUUUGUUUAAGCUGACAUAAACCUACGUAAGAAAUUGUUUUGAGUUAAUUAAAUUCAGCAAUAGUACUUCUAUGGAUAUUGUAAAUGAUGAAAAAUAAUACCUGUUGCUUCCUUGCUA